GAUGGGGCCACCCGUGGCUGGUACAGUCUCCUGUGAGCCUAUAGAUCUUUGUUGGUGGGCUGGUCUGAUACUUUUAUUCAGAUUCCGUACCCUCUUCCCCUUCCAUUCCUCAAACCGAAGCCCUGUCUCUUUCCUUUUGCUUUCCGGUAAAAGCUUUCUGCCUGCACAUUCAUGCCUCAGUUGUAUAGUAUCCCUGAGACAAAGAUCCAGGCUAGCUGGUGAUGCUCGGCUCCUGACAGCCUCUGGAGGAACCUAGGUAAAUACUCCCACCCUCUUCCAAGUGUCUCUAGGCAGUCUCUCCGGACCCCUCUCUCCUGUUUCCACCUUCUUUUCUUCUGUCUCAGAUUGUUUCCCUCUCUAGAAGAUCCCAAGCGUCAAAAGAUCCAUUACAGGUGGGGUGUGAUGCUAGGCCUGGUCAGCAAGAGUGUUCAACAGACUCCGGCAGCGCUCCCUUCUCUCGCCAGCAGGGGGUGCACUGGGCCUGAACAGCCGUUGCCUCCGGAGCCACCGAGUCCCAGAAUGCCCUGCGCUCCGUCGCUGGGUUUGGGGACCCCCCCCCACACGGAUAGUCUGGGAGCUCGGGUGGCUGAGUGAGCAGGUAAGGGAGGUUCCCGCGGGGCCGCCAGGGACGGUUGGCGGCACGGAGGCUGAGGAGACCGCCAGGACCAUGGCAGCGCCGGUCCGGUUACCUCUGACUUUUGAAGAUGUUGCCAUUUAUUUCUCGGAGCAAGAAUGGCAGGACCUAGAGACAUGGCAGAAGGAGCUUUACAAGGGUGUCAUGAGGACCAAUUACGAAACUCUUGUCUCUCUAGAUGGUGCACUUCCCAAACCGGAACUAAUUUCCUGGAUUGAACAGGGGAGAGAGCCCUUCAGAAGCUGGGGAGAAUUCCAACAACCGGGAAACAUGGUUCUCUCCUCCGCUGACCUGCAUUUUGAUCAAGUUAUUGAGGGACAGCUGUUUGGGGGAGAUCACCAAACUGUAAAAUCAAGAGAAACUGAAUGUCAAUUCCAGUUAGAUCCUCUUCAGAGUCAGUCUUCCCUUGAAUUCAGAUUUUUCGGAGAAAGGCCUGACCCAAGCCUCACUCCCCUGAGCCCAAAGAGACAGAACACAUGGGCCCUGGUGGCAGAGGCCAGCGAGUCUGUCCAAAGAGAAGGGAUCCCAAGCCACGGUGUUCUGCAUUUCCCUGGCUCACAGGAAGUCCCCUCUUGGCAAAGCACUCAGUACCCUUGCUCUGUCUGCAGCAAAAACUUUUGGGAGAAGAACCACUUAGUAAGGCACCAGAGGAACCAUUCCAAGGACCUGUCACCUAGGGAUAGGGCCUGGCAGAAGUUCAACAAGCUAGCUGAGGCACAGCCGCUGCAGAGAGCUCUGGGGCUCUUCUUGUGCCCAGAGUGUGGGCAGAGCUUCCGCCUGCAGCGGUGUUUGCAGAGACACCUGGCCGCCCAUGGGAGGAAGAGCCCAUUCCAGUGCCCCCAUUGCAAACUGCGUUUUCAUCAGGAGCAGACUCUGCUCAGCCACAGCCUUAGGCACAAGAGGGGGAAGCCUUCCCACUGCCGAAAAUGUGGCGAGGGUUUUGCCACACAGUGCAUGCUCAGGGAGCGGCCUUUCCAGUGUCCCCAGUGUGGCAGGGGCUUCCACUGGCAGGGACAGCAGCUGCGCCCGGAUGAGAAAACCUUCCAGUGUCCACCAUGCGCGCUGGGCACCCAUGAACAGCAGCACUGCGGUGAGACGCCCUACUCCUGCGGCGAGUGUGGCCGCGGCUUUGCUCACCGCUGCAAGCUCCGUGAGCACCUGCGUGUACACAGCGGGGAACGGCCCUUCGCUUGCCCAGAGUGCGGCAAGUGCUUCCGCCUCAAGGGUAUUCUGAAGGCUCACCAGCGCACACACAGUGUGGAGCGCCCCUUCUCGUGCCCCCAGUGUGCCAAAGGCUUUGCGCGCCAGUCUAAGCUUAUUGAGCACCUGCGCGUGCACAGCGGUGAGCGCCCUUUCCGCUGCCCGGAGUGUGACCGUGGCUUCCGCCUGAAGGGGCAGCUAGUCAGCCACCGGCGCCUACACACAGGGGAAAGGCCCUUCCAGUGCCCGGAGUGCGACAAGCGUUACCGCGUGAAGGCAGACAUGAGGGCUCAUCAGCUGCUGCACCGUGGGAAGAUGCCCUUCUCCUGCGCCUGCGGUAAGGGCUUUGCCAAGCAGUCCAAGCUCACCGAGCAUGUGCGCACACACACCGGAGAGAAGCCCUUCCAGUGUCCCACCUGUGACAAGCGCUUCCGCUUGAAGGCUCAGCUGCUCAGCCACCAAGGCCUGCACACUGGAGAGAGACCCUUCCGCUGCCCUGAGUGUGACAAGAACUUUCGGGAGAGGGGUCACAUGCGGAGGCACCAGCGCAUCCACAGGCCCGAGAGGCCCUUUUCCUGUGAUGACUGCGGGAAAGGCUUCAUCUAUAAAUCUAAGCUGGCUGAGCAUGUCAGGGUGCACGCAAAGGCCUGUCGGUCUCCCAGUGAGUCUGACAUUAAGAAGAGGCUUAGCCAGCUGUUUGCCAUGAUUGAGGCGGACUGGAGCUGAGGCCAGCACCAUGUCAGAGCCAGAAAUGGAACUGAUGUCCCCUGAAUCUGAAGCUUCUGGAGCCAGGGCCAAACCCAUCACUGACAGUUGAGGGGCAGAGGUCUUUCCUUGGCAAGGGUGUAGUACAAAUUAGGAAUUUGGAAAACGAGUAGGGCAACUUCCAUUGCCUAUUCUUUGAUACAAAGAUUUAGAUUUGUUCCUCCCAUCUUGGGUAGUUUUGACCCAAAUGCUAAGCUAGCUAUAAAAUGCCAGCUUGAAAUAAGACCAAAGGCAACUCCUCCAGUUCCAUUCUCAAAGCUGAAAGGAUAGGGCUGUCUACUAAAUGUCACUUCAACUUAGCUUCUUUUCAGUGGGUGAUCCCAAACUGUGGAUUAAAUCCAGUGAAUUUUGUUUCCAGCUUGAAAUGCUCCUGUGACUGGUUUGGGGUCAUUUAUUUUGAGAUGCAGAUUAAUUCUCUGAAUCUCUAUGCAAAUGCUGAAGUUUCUCAGCAGGCUCUGUAGUGCUGUUACAUAGGGUCCCCUAAGGAAAUGUUUAUGAUUUUAGCAAAAUUUGGCUAAUCUGGCUUGAAGAAACAAGAAAUUGAAUGUACUGAGAGGUACAGAACCUGAAGGAAGAUGUCAGGUUGCGUCAAGAGGUAGAGAUAUGGCAGUUCCAGAACAAAGAUGUUACUUGCUUCAGAGUGUGAAUGAGACUCCCAACAGUGAAUAAGCUACUGACUAAAAGCUGAUUU